AGAGAUACAAUGAUGUUGAGGAGCUCCUGUGGUUUAAAUAUUAGAAAUAUUAGGAGAUCUACGUUAUUAUCUAGAUUUAACACCUUACGCUUUCAAUCUAAUAAACCGACAAAGCAUGAGAAUAUAUGGACGAUCCCAAACGCUCUCACAGCCUCACGGAUAGUCAGCUGUCUUCCAUUAGGUUACUCUAUUUGUAUGCAUGAUUACAAAACUGCGACAGCUAUUCUCGUUUACGCUGGCGUAUCAGAUGCUCUCGAUGGAUUUUUAGCUCGUAGAUACAAUAUGGGUAGCGUAUUAGGUAGUAUACUCGAUCCAGCUGCCGAUAAAGCUCUCAUGACAACCUUAACGUGCACACUCACUUAUGCCGGGAUGAUACCCUUACCAUUGGCUGUCAUUAUAUUAGGAAGAGAUGUAGGAUUGAGCUUGUCUGCGUUUUAUAUUCGCUACGCAUCGUUGUCAGAACCAAAAACAUUCAAAAGGUAUUGGGAUUUCAGCAUACCAUCAGCUGAAGUCAAACCAACUAAUAUCAGCAAGUAUAAUACCUUCCUGCAGCUAAUUCUCAUGGGUGCCACCACCGUAAGCCCGCUCAUUGGAUUCGAUACGGCUAUACUAUUACAGUCCUUACAAUGGACUGUAGGUGGUACGACGAUAGCGAGUGCUUUGAGUUAUAUACGGAAUAAGAAUGCAGUACGUUAUCUAAACUGAGAAGCUUGUAUGAUUGUACAUAGAUUAUUUUUAAGCAAGUGGACUGAGAAGCUUGAUGAGACUUGGCUUUGGGUUGGCAUUAACAAAUCCAACGUAAAUAACAAAUGGAACCCAUCCCCAGUGAGCAGCAACCUUUGCUACUUCGACAGCUUUUGUG